AUGUCCAUUAAAAAUGAAGUUAUAAAAUUAAUUGUUUUUGGAGGUGUUUUUGGGGUAGGUAGUUCAGCCAUUGUAAUUCAAUUUGUCUCAGGUCAUUUUGUUGAACUUUAUGAUCCCACUUUAGAAGAAAUUUAUACAAAAGACAUUCAGGUAGAUGGUGAAACAGUGAAAUUACAAAUAACUGACACUUUCAAUUCAGAUGAAUAUGAGGCACUGAGAUUCCUCAACAUAAGCAUGGCAGAUGGAUUUGUAUUGACAUAUUCUAUUACAUCAAAAGAAUCACUUGAAGAAAUAAAAGGAAUUUAUGAAGAAAUUUAUCGAGUUAAACACAAAAAUAAGAAUGAACCAAUUCCAAUUAUUAUAGUUGGAAAUAAAUGUGACUUAGAAAAUGAAAGAGAAGUAACAAAAGAAGAAGGUAUGAAUUAUGCAGACAAUAUCAACUGUCCAUUUAUUGAAUGUAGUGCUAAAACAAACGAAAACAUCAAUCAAAUCUUUGAAAUAAUCACAAGAAAUAUUCUUGAACAAAAAUAUCAAAGAGAAGAAGAAGAAAUAUGGACAAUAAAAAAACCUAAAAGAGAGAAAGGAUGUUGUGUUGUUUAA